AUGGCUAUCAGGAUGUUUAGCGAGGAAGCAAGUAAGAGGGUGUAUGGUUGUGAUGCCGCCGCUGGUGAUACUGGAGACGUUUGUUCAUCAAGUGCCUGCAGUGAUACCACGAAUGCAGUGUGCGAUAAAGUCUAUGAAAAGUGUUUGAUCAAAGCAGGAAAAGCCUGUGCAGGAGCAAAUGCAAACAAUUGCAUUUUUGGAGCGUCCUGCCAAUCGUCUGUUUGUACAUGCGGAAAUGGCUAUAACAAAGCUACUGAUCUCUGUACCCCUAAAGUAGGUGGGACUGCUGGCACUGACUGCAGCUCUGCGGCAACUUUAUGUACAACUCCUAAUUCUGAGUGCAACAAUCAAGUCUGCAAAUGCAAGAAUGGAUUUAUAAUUAACAUUGAUGAUGGAAAGUGUGAUGGAGCCGUAGGUACAGCUUGCACUGCUAAAGACACGUGUGUGACCUCUACUAUCUGUGAUUCUGCUAAAUUAAAAUGCUUGAUAAGACACGGGAAGUCAUGUGUUGGUAAUACAGACAAGUGUGUGUCACAUGCCACGUGUUCUGAGAAUGUCUGUCAGUGUGAUGCCAGCACAACCGUCGCCUCUCCUGACGGCGUGUGCAUGAUAAGACACGGGCAGUCAUGUGUUGGUAAUACAGACAAGUGUGUGUCACAUGCCACGUGUUCUGAGAAUGUCUGUCAGUGUGAUGCCAGCACAACAGUCGCCUCCCCUGACGGCGUGUGUACCCUGAAGAACAGCGCAAGGUCUUCAGCAAUAUUCUCAUGUUGGAUGCUGUUUGUGGCGCUGACGGUCGGGUCAUCAACUGUCAUUUAACACCGAUCCACAAGCCAUCUCCUUUCGUUGAUCUUCUGGUAACAAACUGCAUUCGUCCAGGACUGAGAAUAUACUGUUUAAUGUGAAUGACAGAUGAUGCUUCAGGCAACUUUCUGUCACUUUUCUUUUCAUAAAAAUACCUCUUUAACAUAAACUUAAGCUCCAUUUCUGUGUAGAAUGAUCUUAAUCAACAUUUGACGAUUGUAUUCAUUAAUGCUCUCAUUAUCCUGUUUUUCUCGAGAGUACUAAUAUAUUUACCGUAUUUUGUUUAUUAUGGUUUAAAAAGUAAAAAUAAUUUAUUUAUUAAGGCUAAUAAGCUUUAAGAAAUACUUUUCUGCUGAAUUUAUCACUUAUUUCAAAGACACUAUUGAUCGCAUCUCAGCUGUCAAAAUUAUGAUAAACCUCUGCUAAAUCUUGUAAAUUUAAUUUAAAAUCUGCAGUGUAGAGAAAUAUAAAAACAACAGAUGAAUAAUACUGAUUGACUGGUUUGUGCAAAUGACUUUCCACACAAAUGAGCUCCAUUCUUUGGUACCUCAUGAGUCCAAAUGAGUAAAAUUAUUUAGACACAGGAUCCAUGUCAUCCAUUACAUGGUGAACAAUGAGCUGCCAUUGAAGAGACCUCUCUGUGCCUGAUGUGUCAUAUGUACAAAUACUUCAAUCUAGUUUCAGGUACAGUGAUUCUUACAAUACCUAUGUAAAUAUCAAUGCUGGACCAUGUUAUUAUAUGAACUUAUAAAUGGGUACACUUUACUGUGUCCCUGUAAAACACUAGGUGAAUGAUAAUUGCUAAAAUUAAAGCAUC